CCUGUGACGCGAUGAGAUUUAUCGUAGGAAUAUUCGUUUGCACAUUGAGUAUUGCUGCAGCAGAUGUGGCAUCGGACUUUAUAAGCGAAGAAAUAGUACCAGACGCUCUAGACACCGCACCGAAUCAACUAAUAUCGCUUGCCUACAAAGGUAAGGCCGUGAAAUUCGGAGAGGAGCUGCUGCCCACCGACGUGAUAGAACAACCAACCCUCGAAUGGAAUGUCGCGGAUCCAUCGAGUUAUUACACCCUGAUAAUGACAAACAUCGACCCCUCGAGUCGCCAAAAGCCAAUAUACCGCGAAUUCCUGCACUGGCUGGUGGUCAACGUUCCAGGGGACGACGUGUCCAAGGGGGAAACGAUCGCCGAGUACGUCGGAGCCGGACCACCGAAGAACGGCGGUGUCCACCGCAUGUUAUUCACCGUGUACAAGCAACCGGAUAAAUUGACAUUUACCGAGGCUUUCAUGCACAAUCGGCAGUUGGGAAUCCGGUUGAGGUUCAGUCAGAAGAACUACAGCGAUAAGUACAAUCUUGGGGAUCCGGUCGCUGGUAUGAUGUACACCUCGAGGUACGACGACUACGUGCCCCAGCUGCACUCGGAAUUCAUGAAAGGUGUUAGAGUCUAAGUAUAUUUGCAUCGAUCAUCCUUUUGGUUGGUUUGUUUUUCUUUCAUUUGUUUGUGGUCAACUGUAUACUUACGCUUUGAAACUACGGGCGUGGGUGCUGCUUUGAUUUUUUUUUCCUUAAAGUGUAUAAUACAUUCGCUAUUUAUGUAACUGAUUGCUCGACUAUGUUUUCUCGAGCAAAAACAAUGCAUGGCAAGUUGAAAGAUUAAGGAAUCAGAACAAAAGAGGAAUGAUGAUUUAAAGCGCCUGAAAAAGUGUCUAAACAUUGUAUUUUCAAUACUUUACAAUUGUAGUUUAAAAUAUAUCUUUUGUUAAUUUUUUCUCAGUGUUAUAUUGUGAAUGG